UGCCGCUCUUUGACUCCCAUCUCUGAAAGCACCUUGACAGUAUUUCAAGAAGCCCCGCCCCCUUCCACCAUCUGCAUUUCUCGAGUGCCCAUUUGGCGUUUACGUGACACGGGCGACUCCACUUCCUGAGGUGCUAGCGCCACAUAAAUGAACUGUACCGCCGAUGUGGCACCGAGAGCUGCGCCUCACCAUUGCUGACCUCAUGUGAACUAUGUUUACGACGUCGGUUACCUCGGUCACGCCAUUCCCGGUGCGCUUGGUGCCGCGAUUAACAAUGCCAGUGAAGUAGCGCGCGAAUUGAAAAACAUAUUUUAGUUGAUGUGCCAAAUGGUUGUUAUGUUGUCAUCAUGUGUUGGACGUUGAAAGCAAUUUCCAAAUACUUUUAAUAUAUUAUGUCAUAAGAGCACUUGUUUGAAAUCUUUUUUGUUGUUGUUUGAGAGAGGGGAGUGCACUUUCAAGGAAGGAAAAAAAGCGUUUGAUUUUCCCCUGCUGCGUCAUACAAAUGUCACACGUGUAAUCUCUUCUUAGCUUGGGUCCUUCUAAUGUCUUCCAUGGCUUUGAUUUGUUUACAUCAUACAGUGGAUAUAAAAAAGUCCUACCUACCGGAUUCAUUUUGGGCCCUGUAACAGACUACAUGACUGAAAAAAACCAACAAACAAAAAAAAAAAAACCCACUAAAGAGAAAAAAGCUUUAUAAAUAAAUAUGUGAAUUACAGGCAGAACAUUUGACUCUUUCACAAGACUUUGUCGUUUUUUCUUUUUAAUUUGUUUACCUUAAUGUGUAGAAACAAAAGGACUCUCCAAGAGCCAAUAUUAAUUGUUAGUGCCCUACCAGCCAAUUGCAGGACACGCAUCGACGAACGACCAUCCCCACUCACAAUCACACCUAGGGACAAUUUAGAGUGUUGCGUUAACAUGUGGGAGGAAACCAGUGUACCCGGAGAAAACCCAUGCAGGCACUGGGAGAACAUGCAAACUCCACAAAGGAACGCUGGAGCCGGAAUCGAACCGUGCACCUUUGCAUGGUGAGACGGACAUGCUAACCAAUCUUCCACUGUGUUACUCCGUUUAAAUAUAUUUUUUGAAUCUUACCAGAAGGAAAGUCAAACACCAAUGUAGUUGCAAAUUUGUGCACACCCUCAUAACUUGGGAUGUGUGAUCAGUUCAUUCUGAACAGCCUCAUCCCAGUUAUGAGAGUGCAUGCACACUUGUGCAACAUUUUAUAGCUUACUAUUAUAUGCAGUAUAUUUUUUACAGGUUAUAAAAGGCUGCUGCAAAAAAAUAUCACAAAAGCCUGUUAUUUGAAGGUGUGUUGACUUUAUCUCCUCUGUUACGAGUUCUGUAGGUUGUAAAAGCAGAUGCAAUGGAGUUAAAGUGGCGUGAUUCAUUGUAAACGCCCGCUUGGACUUGAAUUGCCGCCGUCAACAUGACCAUGUCGACCACUAAAUUUUGAUGCAUUUUCUUAAUUUUGCACUAUAAACCUGAGGAGUUGUAUAUGUAUUUUGCUGCAUUCACACUAACGGUAUGCCUCUGGGAUAUGUCAAUGGGCACUUCAUAGACCAGACGACUGAAAAAAAAACAGAAAUAAAUUUCUUGUCAUUGCAUAGCGAUGUUUCUCGUGCAUUUUAAUCAGAAGACGGUUGGUGGCAUUGCUGCCGCCCUAUCCUUGUCUCUGGCGCCAUCUGGUGGACAAAUGGAGAUCACCCGGGAAACUUGAAUCGCUUCCCGUCCCCCGUCGUUAACGGUCACAAUUUGCGUGGUAAACGUUCCCUAAAAAAUGAUAAAUAAUUAUAAAACGGCUUGAGUGAGGCCUUACUGCUACUGUGACACCCCAAUGAAUAUCCUUUGGUGGUAUUUAAACGCAGCCAGAAGUGCGUGAGCUCCUUAUUGACGUCACCUCCAGCGAAAGCCGUUAGCUUUUGACGUGUCGGUGACUAAUGGCAACGUAACCUUGAGAUUUAUGACCACAUGACUGACGUAAAUCAUGUUCACAUUUAAUUGUAAAUUUAUAUGUGUGAUUUAAAGGAGAUUGUAGUGACCCAGUGUAAAAUAAUUUUUUUAAAUCCUAAAAAAAAACACACAAAAAAACUGGCAGUGUGAAUCAGUUUGAAACAACAUGGAUGUCGACCUCCAGCCUGUUGCAGGCACCGGGGAAUGUUGCUCAUGUAUGGAAGACUGUGGGGUGAGAGACCCUAUAAGUAUGGUCUUUGGAACCGGAGGACUACCCACAAAGAGACAUCAUCACCCCCUCCCAGAUACUGGGAGGUCCACAAAGGUAGCAUCUGAGGAUAUGGUGCCAGCCAAAAGGACCAAGCAUAUGGACCUAAUAACCAGCGUCAGAGCCACUAAGGUGUCUGUGAAGGCUUCGCUGGCUAAAAGGACCAAAUGCAAAACCAGUACCACACUGGAGACCCUCAAAGAGCAUCAGAGGGUGAACGUCACAAAGAUGCCUAUAAGGGCAAGAUCGGCUAAGGGGAACAAACAGAAGACUGCACCCAAACCAGAAACCCUACUAAGGAAGCGAAGGAUCAAGACCACCAGGGUGUUGAUGAAGGUCAGGCCUGCUAAGGGUACCAAGCGGAAAGCUGGCACAAAAUCUGAGACACUUGUGAAGAAGCAGAGAUUUGAGACCACUAAGGUGUCCGUAAAGAUUGUAACAGCAAACGGGUCCAAAAAUAAGGCUAGACCCAAACCCCAGACCCUUAUGAGAAAGCACCACGGUAAAUCCAAACCAAAGACUCUCUUUAGGAAGCACAGAAGUAAAACCAAGCCAGAUGUCCUGAUCGGGAAAACAAACGGUAAACCUAAAAUGGAGACCUUAGCUGGGAAUCGCGGGGCUAAGACCCAAUUGGAAAUGCGAACAUGUCAUCAUCGAGGGACUAAAGACAAUCCAGAGAUUCUUAAAAGGAGGCAAGGUGGUAUAAAUGAGUCUAUGAAUUUUGUGGCUGCAACCAAACGGAGAGCUGACACCAAACUGCAAACCCUUCAAAAUAACCAGAGGGCCAGAACAACUACUGUGGCGGUUAAAAUCCUGAAGUCUCAAGGAACAAAACGGAAAAUGAGUACCAAACCAGAGACCCUAACAAGGAGUCAGUGGCUCAGAGCCACCAAGAUGUCCAUGGUCCAACAGGCUGAAAAACGACUCUUGACCACAACCAGUCAAGGCUCCCUGGAUCAUAAGUAUCAGCAACUAGAGAAGAUCGGCGAAGGGGGCUUUGGAUCGGUCUAUGCUGGCUACAGGAAAGCUGAUUCAUUUCCUGUGGCCAUCAAACACAUUCCCAAACAUGAAGUCAAGAUCAUCCCCCUGAACAUAAAGGGGAGGAAACACGACGUUCCCGUGGAAGCUCUGCUCAUGCUGCAGGCAUCGUGCAUCAAGGACGCAGAUGGCCACUCGGCCGUCGUGUCUCUGCUGGACAAAUACGACUUGGAUCAAGAACUGGUGCUGGUCAUGGAGAAGCCGGCGCGAUCUGUGGAUCUCUUCACAUACAUCACCAGAUGUCGGCUUGGACACCUCAAGGAGAAUGAAGCGAAGAACAUCAUGAGGCAGCUGGUGGACGCCGCCAUUAAAAUGCACGCCGUAAACGUCUUCCAUCGGGAUCUCAAACCGGGAAACAUCCUCCUGGAGGCCACUUACGGCGCCCCCCGAGUGCGGGUCAUCGACUUCGGCUGCAGCUGCUUCGUAACCGAGGAACCUUAUCAUGACUACACAGGAACCCUCUCCUACGCUCCUCCAGAGUUUGUCCUGAGGGGGACGUACAGGGCUGGCCCGACCACAGUGUGGCACCUGGGGGCCAUGCUCUUUGAGUUAUUAGCUGGAAGUAAACAGUUCGACACGCUCCUCUUUAUCUCCCAGAUGCUCCAACUCAAUCGGGUUCUGUCCCAAGACUGCAGAGAUUUCUUGCAUAUGUGCUUGCAUUGUGACCCGGAGCAGCGCGCCUCACUAGUGCAGAUCCACCAGCAUCCAUGGCUCAUUUGAUGAUUCACAAAAACUCAUUACCACGUGGAGCAUCACGUUACCGGCUUUUUCUUUUUUAAAUUCCUCACCUCCCAUAAAUGUACACUGUUGGAUGGUGUGUCAAUCAUCCAAACCCAAUUCCAAUGAAGUUGGGACAUUGUGUGAACUCCAAAUAAAACAGAAAAA